AUGUCAAAUAGUUUAAGAAAAAAAGUAGUUAAGCAGCAAAGUAGACUAGCUGCAUUGGAUCUUUUGGGCACACCUGUAGGUUCAGAAGCAGAAUCAGAAACAGAAUCCGAGUCCUCGUCUGUACUUGGUGACUCUGUCUUACCUGAUGUUGACAGCUCUGUAUUAGAAGACGAUAUUAGGCAUUGCGUUGACGAGCUGGGUGAAAAAAGAGCAAGUUCCAGAGAAUCAGCAUUGACCAAUCUAUCAAAAGUGAUGAGACAUUAUUAUUGUGGAUCAUUUUUUGAUAGUCAUUCUUCAGCUCAAGAGGCAUUGCUGCAGCUCUUGUUGAGACUCAUGCGUAAGCCUGGUACACCUGAAGAAGCUGUGCUGGCAACUCGAGUGAUUGGUUUAGUGUUUGUUAAUGCUGGGGAACAAUCUGAGAGUGAACAAGAAUCACUGUAUGCUAUGGUGAUACCCUAUCUUAAAGAUGUGAUUAAAGACUCUACUCAUGUUGAACUCAAGUGUCAGGCAAUUGACACAUUGGCUACUGUAACGUUUGCUGCUGCCUCUACCUCUAGCACAAAAGGUGCUUUAGACUAUCUCUACAAGAUUCUUAUAUCCAAUGCAAAUAAUGUUCAGCCGGAUGAAGCAGAACUAUCUACUCAGGAUGUUUUACUUGUCUUGGAAUCUACUUUACAUGCUUAUGGAUUACUUUAUGCUUCUGUUUUUGGUGAACAGAGAGGUAAUAUAGACGAUGCUUGGGAUGAAUGGCAAUCUGCUAUGCCAGCUCAUUUAGACUUAUUGGAAUCCAAAUCAAAGGAUGUACGCGUAGCUGCUGGAGAAAAUGUAGCUCUCAUGUACGAAUGCUCUCAUGUACAGAAAAAGAAUGAUUUGCUAGAAGAAGAUGCACAAGAAGUCGAAGAAAACGAUAUGAGCGAAUAUGAAGAAUUAGACGAUUUGAUUGAUAUUUUGCAACGACUUGCGAAUGAAAGUAGUCGUCGUGUCAACAAACAAGACAGAAAAGAACAAAAAAGUGCAUUUCGAGAUAUUCUAAAGAGUAUUCAAACAGGUAGCAGACCUAAAGAGAAGUUGAAGUUGGGCCGACAAAAGUUUAUCUUUCGUGGUUGGGCCCAAAUCUUGGAACUGCAUGCGUUCCGUUCGAUUUUAGGGGCAGGCUUAGCUAAUCAUUUCGAAAGCAAUGAGCUCGUUCAAGGUGUAUUUUCAGGUGGUCUACAAGACGACGAUUCAGAAGAAGAGCAAAUCAGUAUGGAUAGUGGUAUGGAUGAUGAAGACGAUGAAUUGAGCUCAGUUAGAUCAAGAAAGAACGCAAAUCGUGCCAAACAUGCAAAAAAGUACAAGGAUGCAUACGAGUAUUAA